GUCCAGGACGUCGGCGUUCGAGUCGCAGAUCAACUCCAGCCGUGAGUGCAUUGCGCAGCUUGAAAGUGCCUUGGCAGAACUGGAGUCCAAAUCUACUGGGCUGUGCCAGCAAUUGGAAUUGGCUGGGAUCCAGCACGAUGCUGCUCAAGAGUCAGAGCGUCAGCUGCGUCAAGAGCUGGAGUUGGCCAAGAGUGAGCUGGCAGCCAAGGCUGCUGAGGCAGAGUCUGGGAAGUCAGCAGUCAAUGCGCACCUUGAGCAGAAGGAGAGCCUCCAGAGAUUGCACGAUGCCAAGGUCGCUGACCUGGAGUCCACUAUUCAGCAACUGUCGGCGGAGCGCACCAAGCUCAGUACCGAUCUCAAGGAUGUCCAGGGGAGGCUAGAGAGCGCUGUGUCGGUUGGCCAGCGGCUUAACGAUGCCCUGAGCGAGCGCAAAGGGAGAUUGACAGAAUGAAGGCCGAGCAGACGAAGUCGACGAAACAACUUACCCAGCUUGCUGCUCGAUUGGCAGCGCUGCAGUCUGACCUCAUGGCGACAUCUGAAGAAAAGGCCGAGAUCCAAGUGCUGCUUAAGCAGCUGCAACAGGAUGUAGAGCAGAAGUCCACCGAGCUUGCUGAUUCAAUCGCGCGCGAAGCCGAGCUGACUAGCGCAGUAAGCGAGCUCAACGCCCGUAUUACGCAGGCCGAGUCCAGUCGUUCUACAUUGGUGACUAGCAUGGACAAGGAAAGGUCGGGAUACACGGAUGAAAUCCGAAGCCUGCGCCGUGACCUGGACGAUAAGGCUGACCAGCUGCAGUCGCUUGAGAGACAAGUUGAUGAACUACGGCGUCAGAAGGAGGAAUCUGGAUCACGGCUCUCUGAUACCGAGCGGCUGCUGCACGAGUCCGAAUCUAAACUACAAGCAUCGACAGAGAUGGCCAGUGAUCUUAAAGCAGAACUCGGCAAGCAGAGCAAGUUGCGGGCGAUCGCCGAGAAGGAGGCAGCCGGGCGCAUCGGCUCGCUCGAAGCUGAAGUCGAGGGUUUGUGCGACCAGCUGUUGGCCAAAUCAACCGAAGCCGAUGCUGCCACGACGAAGCUUACCGAUGCGCGCUCUGAAAUCAGCGAAAUUUCGAUGCAGCACAGCCAGCUGAAGAGUAGCUACCAGGCGCUUGAGGAGCGUACUAAGGACAUACAGUCAGCGCUGGAGCAGACAAUCGCCGAGAUCAAACGCCAGUUGACCCAGAAGGAGGUCGAUUUGAAGGAGGCCGAAGAGGAAUUGCUGAGCGCCAACGCCAAGGCAUCGCAGGCGCACAAAGAUGCCCGCUCACAGAUUGCAGUGCUCGAGGCGAAAGCACAGGAGAUGGAGCAGACUAUCACUGGUCUGAACACCACAGUCGCUGAGCUGCGCGCUGAGCUGAAGAGCAAGUCGCUGGAGCAGGCAUCGAACAGCAGUAGCCUCGCUGACACGGCUACCAGGGGACGUCUGGCCACUGAGGACAGCGUGCAUGAGGCCGCCGAAAUGAUCGAGUCGCUAACAGCCGAGCGCGAUAGGGCCCGUGAAGGAAUUGACUUGCUGAAGUCGAUGAUGACUGAGCUGGCACAAGUCAAGAACGACGAGAUUGCCGAACUUGACAGCAAGCUUGCGCAGCACCAAGAGCUGCUUGAGAUUGCUGUCAAGGAGGGGCUGGAGAAGGACAGGUCGCUGGAGCGUGCCGAGCAGGCAGCAAAAGAACAGGUUGACGGAUAUAAAGCUGAGUUGAACAAGGCAGCUGCCAGCAGCAAGGAAGCGAUCACUCAGCUGACAUCCCAGCGCGACGAGCUGCUAAAGGAGCUGGACAGCAUGAAGCAGGCGAACCUGGAAGCCAGCAAGCAGCUUGCCGAUGUCCAGUCAGAGGCUGACAAGCUGCAUGCAGCAGCUGGCGAGGCAGAGCUGAAGCUAGCUGAGGCAACCAGGGCGUUGGCCGAGGCAGCGUCUUCCAGCACUAAAGCGGCAAGCAUCUCGAGCGAGGGCACUGCGCGUCUCCAGCAGGAAAUCGAGAAAUUGCAAACGGCCAACGCAAAGCUCGAGAAGAAGAACCUGAAACUGCGCGAUAUCUACACAGCCGAUAUUACUAGGCUACAUGCCGAGGAAGAGGAGCAGCGUGAGGCUGUAGUGCAGCUGAAGGAGGUGUUGGCUGAGAGCGAAAAGAAAACCAAGGCGGUCGAGGAAGAGCUGCAGCGUGUGAAGUCAGCGCUGAGCGAGCGGCAGCAGCAGCAGCAACAAACAAAAAAUGCACCGAUUGCUGUGCCAAUAGAUCGUCGUCCAAAGGCCAGCAUGGCGCGCUUGGCAUCGGACCGCACAACAGCCGCAAAGGACGAUGUGAAGCGGCUGCACCUGUCGCGCGAUCUUAAGGCGGCAGGUCCACUGUCGCCAGUGCCGCAAAGCAGACUGAACUCGCGCAUGGUGAAUAUGACACAAGGGACGGACCAGACGACCGCUAAGCCCUUCGGCGGGUUCCCUGCUCGCAAGCGCACUGCCACCCCCAGCACCGCAACAGCAGCAGCUGCGGGGAAGAGUCCGACUAAGCAGCCGCUACUGGCAGCGCGUGCACGCAGCAGCUAUGGCGAGCGCCGGCGUAUGCGCAGGAACCAGACAGAUCCCACUGCUGGCAACACGCUGGAAGACCAAGCAGCCGAGCAAUGUGUGCAGCAAUAGGAUGUUUUUGUGGUGAAAUAAUAUAGCUGAAUGACAUUGCAAUGAAGACUACAGUCGUUUACAUGUGGCCAUCGUCGACAACCUGGGGCAGCUCGUCCUCGACAACACCUAGAUGGAGGAUCCGGUUUCCGCUCUGGCACACGGGGUCGACAUGCUUGCCGACGAUGAUGCCA